AUGGCAAUGCAUGGCAGUGAAGACGCAAAUUCCAGUGAUCACUUUGAUGGGAACAACAAGCAUCCGGUUUUCCUUUUAGGAGGUGACAAGACUAAUGAGCGAGUGAAACUUGGAGUAAGGAGGAAGAGACGUAAAGGUUUAAUGUCAAGCUUGGGGAAGCCAUUUGCACUCAUGAAAACAUCGCGAAUUAAAAAAAAUGUGAUUCCUAUUGGAAAAGAAGUUGGUGGCUACAAGAAGGCUCAGAAGCACCAACAUAGUCAUUGGGAUGUAAAGAAAAGGAGUCAGGGAAAGAAAUCAAUAGCACAACUCAGGGAAUCUGAAUCUGGCAAAACACAUAUCAAGGACCUUGUGGAAUCAUUUGGUUCAAAGACAGACCCUUCUGAAGAUGAAGAAGAUGAAGAAGAUGAAGAAGAUUCAGAAGAUGAUUUUUGUGGUAUGCGAAGCCGGCGUAAGGAAUGGUUCAAAUCAGACCGAAUUGAAUAUUUAGGGGGUAAUCCUUUUCCUCCUCUUCAUCCGGAUUAUUUUGCGGAACCGGAGAUGGGUUAA